UAGCAGUCAGAUACCGACCGUAUAGUAAGACCAACAUCGAAAUUUUUUUUUAUCAUCUACCCGCCGAGUUGGUGAGGGACGAAGGCGUCCUGGAUUUGUUUGUUCUUUUUCUUACCACUGGAAACGGACUGUCUGAAGUGUGACUAUCGUAGACAAAGUCGUUCAAGAUGAAUCGCGACGCUCAGGCGUUGCUGGAUGACCUAGGGCUAACACACCAGCAUAUCACGUUCCUAGGUGACGUUCAGGUGAGAGACGAAGACGAAAUCGGCAGAGGAUCGGAUGCCGUUGUCUACAAGGUCAACUGGCAAGGUAUCGAUAUCGCUCUCAAAGUUUUGCACCCCGUGUUGGUUGAGCCAGGUGUACAGGAUAGAGAGCGUAAGCUCAGAGCGUUUGGCCAAGAGUUGUUUCGUCUUAGCAGGGUGCAUCACCCGAAUCUGUGUCAACUGAUAGGAUUAGCUCGGGUAAGGGGGAAUGCUGCGUUGGCCCUGGAGUUAUUGUCGGCGUCUCUAGAAGACGUUAGCAUUGGAGAUGGCAGAGAAGAUGCUCCUAAGCUCGUGUCGUAUCUCUGCGACGCAAGUGCAGGACUUCGCUAUCUGCAUUCAUUCGAAAUUAUUCACCGCGAUCUAGCGCCCAAGAAUGUGCUUGUGAAAAAUGGCACGGCCAAAGUCAGUGACUUCGGCGGUGCUAAAUUUGUGCGCUUGACCUCACCUCGACAACAACAGCACCAAGUCCAAUCGGCAAUGGAGAUGACUCGCUGCCCAGGUACACUGCCAUUCAUGGCACCUGAGGCGUUGAGUGAGGCUCCGGAUUACAACCGUCCCUUGGACGUGUUUUCGCUAGGUGUAAUGAUGCUGAGCGUUCUGACAGGAGUUAUGCCUGGCAUCGAGUUGAUGACAGCGCCACAUUUCAUCGUCGUGCGAGAACGUGGCCAACAAAUUGAAGAAGUGAUUCCGGAGACAACACGCAGAGCACGCUACCUAGCACGUUUGCCAGAUGAACAUCCAUUGAAGCCAUUGAUACGUCGCUGCCUCUCUAACCGUCCUGGGGACCGACCGUCAGCCGAGCAAGCGCACGAAGAGAUCAAACGUUUCCUGGCCAUGUUCAGCAGUAUUUUGCCGAGUCAGCCUGGCACUGCUGGUGCAGGGGUUACCAGGCAACUAGAGUCGAUUUCCCAGCAGCUAAGCCAGCAAGCUACUUGCAUUGCUGACAUCACCGCACGCAGCUCUGCAUUAGAGAACCAACUCAGCACCAUAACACAGCGUCUUGUCGACAAUCAGCUGGAAACCAACGCUAUCCGUGGCCAACUGCAGACUACGAACCAGCAAGUGACUGGGAUCCGUGGCCAACUGCAGACUACGAACCAGCAAGUCACUGUUGUCCGUGACUGCGUUGAGACUACGAGCCAACAAGUGACCGGGAUCCAUAACCGCCUGGGACACACGAGCCAGCGCGUGUCUGGAAUAUGCGAGCAGCUGCAGACUACGAGCCAGCAAGUGACCGGUAUCCGUGGCCAACUGCAGACUACGAACCAGCAAGUGACUGGGAUCCGUGGCCAACUGGAGACUACGAACCAGCAAGUCACUGUUGUCCGUGACUGUGUUGAGACUACGAGCCAACAAGUGACCGGGAUCCAUAACCGCCUGGGACACACGAGCCAGCGCGUGUCUGGAAUAUGCGAGCAGCUGCAGACUACGAGCCAGCAAGUGACCGGUAUCCGUGGCCAACUGCAGACUACGAGCGAGCAAGUGACUGGGAUCCAUGACCGGCAGGAGACUAUGCACCAACAAGUGACUGGGAUCCAUGACCAACAGGAGACUACGCACCAACAAGUGACUGGGAUCCGUGACCGACUGGAGACUACUCACCAACAAGUGACUGGGAUCCAUGACCGACAGGAGACUACGCACCAACAAGUGACUGGGAUCCUUAACCAACAGGUGACUACGAACCAGCAUGUGACUGAGAUCUGUGACCGACUGGAGACUACGACCGAACAAGUCACCAGUCUUCAAGGACAUGUAGCAGGAGUUGCCAGUCAACAGACAGACCUACAGGCAUCCAUCAGUGAGCAGAUAGAUGAGACCAACAGACGUGUAAAUGAUCAGCUAUCACAACUUCACUCCACAGUACAGGCUCAGGGAAGUGGCACUGCCUCUGGAGGGUCAGCAAUGACCAGUGCUAGCAGAGGACAGACUUCUAGUGCGGCAACCGGAGCCACUAGGGCCACUCCAGUUUCUAGCGCUCAAGGAGGUGGCAGUGUCUCUGCAUGGCCAGCAGUGGCCAGUGCUAGCGAAAGACACACUUCUGGAGGGGAACAUGAAGCCACCAGAACCACACCAGUUUCUAGUGCUCAGGGAAGUGGCAGUGACUCUGGAUGGUCAGCAAUGGCCAGUGCUAGCGGAAGACAGACUUUUAGUCCAGAAAGCAGAGCCACCAGGACCACUCUAGCUCCUAGUGCUCUGGGAGGUGGCAGUGACUCUGGGCAAUCAGCAAUGGCCAGUGCUGGCGAAAGACAAACUUCUAGAGGGGGAACCGGAGCCACCAGAACCACCCCAGCUUCUAGUGCUCAGGGAAGUGGCAGUGACUCUGGAUGGUCAGCAAUGGCCAGUGCUAGCAGAAUUCAGUCUUCUAUUGCAGAAAGCAGAGCCACCAGGACCACUCCAGCUCCUAGUCCUCAGGGACGUGGCAGUGACUCUGGACGACCAGCAAUGGCCAGUGCUGACGAAAGACAAACUUCUACAGGGGAAACAGGAGCCACCAGAACCACCCCAGCUUCCAGUGGAAGUGGCACUGACUCUGGACUGUCAGCAAUGGCCUGUGCUAGCAGAAGACAGACUUCUAGGGGAGAAACCGGAGCCACCACGACCACUCCAGCUCCUAGUGCUGAGGGAAGUGGCAGUGACUCUGGACGACCAGCAAUGGCCAAUGCUAGCGAAAGACAAACUUCUAGAGGAGAAUCCGGAGCCACCAGAACCACCCCAGCUUCUAGUGCUCUGGGAAGUGGCAGUGACUCUAGACGAUCAGCAAUGGCCAGUGCUAGCAGAAGACCGACUUCUAGGGGAGAAACUGGAGCCACCAGGACCACUCCAGCUCCUAGUGCUCAGAGAAGUGGCACUGACUCUGGACGGUCAGCAAUGGUCAGUGCUAGCAGAGGACAGACUUCUAGUGCGGCAACCGGAGCCACCAGGGCCACUCCAGUUUCUAGCGUUGGUGACAGUUCUAGACAGCACUCUGCUGUACCAGCCGCACAUUCUCUGACUAUCACACCGGAAAAUAUUCAGCGCAUCACAAUGCACAGAAAGUGGAUCAAAGCAGAAUCCAGUCGUGGUCGUUCACCAAAACACAUCAUCCACAAUAACACUUUCGUUGCUGUCUGGUUAAAUGAAGUUUCCCGCAUUUCUAGCAUCCAGCAGACUACAGACGUACGUCACUGGACUGACCUUCCUCUUCCACGUCAUGGUGGUCCAUUUCAAUACCCAUCCCUAGCUAGCAAUGGUCAGGCUUUGUACAUGUAUUGUCAUGACAACCAAGAUCAGCCUGUUCUACUGCAGUACGAUCAGCAUGAUAGGCAGUGGGUGGAAGUAGCAAAGGUGCCGGCGUAUGGCCAGUACCGUGGCUGUGUUGUACAUGCUACUGACACUAGUGUUAGUCUUCUAGGAGGCAUGAAGAGGUCUUUCCUUUUUUUGAGAGCUGUCAACCAUGUUAGCUGUUACACACUUCUUGACGAGCAGUGGAAAUCCUCUGCAGUCCCCUCACAUUCACUACCUGCUCUUCCAUGUGACUGUGCAUAUGCCUCACUUGUAGCCUGUCAUGGUUCACUGUACAUCAUUGGUGGUGACACUGGGUGUUUCCUCCAGUACACUGAUGAUGGUCAUUGGCAAGAGGCUGUAAAACCAGAUGGUGUAGACCUGCAGUUCAGCCAGGCAUGUUCACUGUCUGAUGAUAGUCUAGUCAUUGCCAGUUAUGAUUCAGCCUCACAGUGUACUGUGUACAAUGUACGUACACAUUGCGUCUAUGAGUUGCCCAGUGCACUGUGUGGACGGUGUAGGGCAUCAUCACUAGCACUACUCAACGGAGUAGUGGUGCUCAGUACAGGCGAUGGCCAGCUCUACACCCUGAAUAUGAACAUUUGAGCAGGAUAUAGGCAGCACAGAACUACUGCCUUUCCCUGUUCAAAUUCUGUACUUGAUAUUUUUGAUUAACUGAUGUUUGUUUGUAACUCGGUGUUUUCCUUUCAGAUCUUCUCUACUUUGCUAUGUAGCACAUGUACUAUAAUGCUAGAGUAACUCCACCCUUACAUUACCUGUACAUAUCAAUACAUACAAUGACAAUGCAAUGACAAUGCACUCGCAGAAUUCGGUUUCCUUGCCUCUGAUCAUGAUCAUGCUGUUCACAAAUCCUAUUUUACCAUUUCUCUAUUGUUUGUUAUACAGUCAUGUACCUACCUGUACAUGUAACGGACUGCAUCACCUUGUGCCUUGCUACAAGGCUACAAUGCUAUGCCUAGACUUGAUGACAUCAUUGCUUUUGAUAUCUAGGUCUGGGUGACCGCAUUGCUUUUGAUAUCUAGAUAUAUUAUCUAGGUCUGGAUGACCUCAUAGUGCAUUGAACCCAGGGUUGAAUGAUGUCAUUGGACUUUAAUAAAUCUUCCUCAUGCAAUUGUGUACCAUGGUGUACGCACCCUGAUAUUUUUCCUUUCAAAGUCGACUUGGUUUCUCUCACUUUCAAGCUCUUCUGUGCACUUCACUUGUGGAUCAGUAUCACCCUUUGCGGUGUGGACUGCCUGGCAAGCUGGUGUGAAUCUUCCACUAAUAGUAAUAG